GAACGUAUCCAAUAAAUGACAAUCGUAGCCAGUCUAAACCGUGCAAAAGUUAAUUGUCUCUAUCCACAGAAUUUUGUUUUGUUCAUAGUUUCAGUUAGAAUUGUCUUUGAAAAAUGCUGUAACUCAACGAAAACUUCCACAUCAUUCCAUCCUAAAGCGCCGGUUUGCCAGCCCGAGGAUUACCGCGCAGAGCGUUUUACAAUUAUGGAAGACUACGAAACAGCAGUUCGAGAAAGCAUCCGUGCUGAUAGUAUCAUUGAGCUAUUGAAACUUCUGGAAGGAGGUACACCUGAUGUUACAUUGAAGACUGGCUGGACACCACUCAUGUAUGCUUGCAGCUAUGCCAAGGAUUCUAUUGUAGAUUAUUUAUUAAGGAAUGGUGCUGAGGCAAAUUGUGACUGUGAAUUUUUCACACCUAUUAUGGCUGUUUGCAAUUCAAAUUCAUUUGAAGAAGAAAAGCUUGUGAACUGUGCGCAAUCUCUCAUAAAACAUGGUGCAAAUAUUGAUAAUAUGGAUAAGCACAAGACAACAGCUCUUAUGUAUGCAUGUACAAGAGGACAUGAAAAAUUAGUUUCCAUUCUUUGUAAGGCAAAGUGCGAGGUCAAUAGAUUUGACAACGAUGGUUACAGUGCCUUACAUUUGGCUUGUUCUGGUAAUCAUUCCAAUAUUGUGCAGAUUCUCUUAAAACAUGGAGCUGAUAAAUAUAUUCGGGACAGGCGAGGUCGUUUGCCUUUAGAUUUGGCCAUUACUAAGGGCUCAGAGGAUAUCAUCCAAAUGCUUGAUGAUCAACAUCUUCAAAUUGAAGCUGAUACUCCAAUGUCUUACACACAGAAGAAAUCAUCCUUUGAAGAGGUACUUCUUGAAUUACCUAGUACCAACUCUGCUGGUCAGGAUGGCUUUUAUAAGGAUGUAGAGAUACUUCUUGAUGGAAUGAGAUUAGGGCAGAAAGCAGAGCUAUUUCAAAGUAAAAAAGUGAGUCUUGCCAAAUUUUUAAACAUUACAAAUGAGGAAUUAAAGAAGCUUGGUAUUUAUUUCUCAUCUCAUCGUGAGCGGAUCAUUGAGGGCAAUAAGUGUUUCUUUCAACGCCCAUGGGGUGCUGGUUCACUACCAGCCUUAAACCAAAAUAAUAAUUUAAAGGCAGUAGAAAUAAUGGAUAUUGUCCGCUCUUUGGCCAACUUUGUGAAACAUCUUCACAUAAUUUGGGCGACUUCUAUUUACUGCAAUGAAAGAAUAACUUUAUCUCCAGACGACCCCAAGGUUGAAGACCUCUACCAGAUUUUGUUACAAACUUAUAAGCAAACCAAGUGUUUAAUGAAGGAGCUCCAUUUUAUUCAGGAGCAUGUGGAAAAGCUGGAAAAGGUAGACAAAGUCCAAUAUGUCGACCUUAUUCUGCCUAAAAAAUCCAACAAACAUGUGUCUUUUAGCAAACUGUUCUUGGCAUCUGCAUUUUGUGCCCUUGUUGCUUGGAAAAGUAAUCUGAUACAUAUUUUCAAAUAGAUCUGAAAAUAAUUUUUCCUUAUGCAAGUAUUAUCAUAUGAUAAGACUGAACUUUUACUUAAAAGAAAUAAAUAAACUUAUAUCAACUUGAAACUUAUAUAAAAGUACUCCAGAUAUGAGUGUGUGAUACUAGUUAAAUAUUCCUUUGUUUAUUUUUAUGUUGGGAUAAAUCUAAGAUAAGUACUUCUCAUUAUUUUUUCCAAUUAAAAUUUGUUUUUCAAUGUUUUAUUGUUAAGUUGAACAGUCUGGUGUCAUUUUCAAGGAAUUAAUGACCAUCGGGACAUACAAACUUAAUUACCUACCUUGCUUCCACAGAAGGUAGUUAGUUAAUGCUUGAUUAACUGCUAUAUUAUGUUAAUAACUCUUUUCUGAUCACCUGUGUCGCUGUGUCUAUAAAUAAAUAAUAUUAUUUACCCCUAA